GUUUGUUCGUUUUUUUUCUUUCGUUUUUCGUUGAAUUUCAUUGAAAUUCAUUCAAUUCUUUUUUACGGUUUGGCACAAUGAUACUGCAGCCGAGCACGAUGUCCGAAUUGAUAAGAAUUUUUGUUGUCGUCGUAAAGGUUGUCAAAAGUAGAAAAAAAAUCCAACACUUUAAAAGCGAAAACUUCGUUCGAUAAGUGAAAAAUUCAACAACUAAAAAAAACAUGUGCAAAUCAUUUGAAGAUGAAACAAAUGGAUGUUGUGAAGAUCCAGAUGAUGAAUGUAUUGGUCAAAAUGGUUGUUGUUGUUGUUGUUAUUAUUGUUUAACAAGUGAAUGUUGUUGGGAUUAUGAUGAUGAUAAUGAUAAUGAUGAUUAUGAUGAUAAUAAUGGUCAACAACAACAACAACAACGAAGAAGACGACGACGUCAUCAUUGUAUAAAAUGUCCACCCGAAUGUUUAAUAAAACUAUGGAAUUGUUGUAAUCCAAUCAAAUGUUUUACAUAUAGUAAUAUGAUUACAAUAUGUCGUUCAUUAUAUUUAUUAUUAUAUACAUUAUUAAUUGCAACAUCAAUAUUCGGUUUGAUUUGGUCAAAUGUUUAUUUUAAUAAUUUUGAUCAUAUAUUUACUGGUACAAUAUUAGGUGGACAUUUAGUUACAUUAUCAGCAGGUGGAUUAUUAUUAGGAUUAAGCGGUCUUUAUGCUACAAUCAAACAUCAUCGACGUUUAUUAUAUACACAUACAAUUAUAAAUUGGUCAUUAUUUAUAUUAAGAUUUUUUACAUGGUUAUUAUCAAUAUUACAUGAAUAUAAUUUUAAUCAAUUAUUAUUAUAUGGUUUAGCACCAAUUGAAUUAUUAUUAGCAUUGUUGUCCACAAUAUUAUUACGAGAUGCACUUAUUUAUUAUUGA